CUCUACCUGCAGCGCAUCCGCAUCGCCAACCCCACCGAGCGGGUGGCCGCCUUCGAGGCCUCGGCCCCCGCCGCCGCCUCCGCGCUGGGCGGGCGCUUCGCCACCAGCCUGGAGAAGGUGGAGGAGCGGCAGUUCCUGCUCUCCUCCGGCCGCCUGCUGCUGGCCGGCGGCCCCAAGGUGGUGCUGGUGGUGGUGGCUGCCAAGAAACUCGUGAGCCGGGUGCAGGUCGCGCCCAAGUCGCACUUUGACGAGACCGUGCUGUCUGUGGUGUACACCUCGGAGCCCAUCGAGGCCUCCAGGCUGGAGGAGACCUUCAGCAAGCUGAGGGAGGCAGCCAAGAAAGAGAUGCUGGAGGUGAUGCAGAUGGGGGUGGACGAUCUUUUCCAGGAGCACCAGCAGACCUGGUCUGACUUGUUCAUUUCAGGGAUUGAAAUGAGAAAGAUCACAGAUGCACAUACCCCAUCCAGUGAGACUGUCAACAUGACCCUCUACUACGUGCUGUCAACUGUGCCAGCCCCCCUGCUAGACCCACUCAUCGGGGGUGAGGACAGGGAGAAGAUUGAAGCCAGCCUGAACUAUGCUGACCACUGCUUCAGUGGCCACGCCACCAUGCACGCCGAGAACCUGUGGCCACCAAGGCUGACCAGUGUCACCCAGAUCCUGCAGCUCUCAGACCUGUGGAAGCUGACUCUCCAGAAACGGGGAUGCAAGGGUCUUGUGACAGCUGGAGUGCAUGGACUGAUGCAGGGAAUGGUGCUUAGUUUUGGGGGUCUGCAGUUCACAGAAAACCAUCUUCAGUUUCAGGCUGACCCUGACGUACUUCAUAACAGCUAUUCCUUACGUGGGAUCCAUUACAAUAAGGACUUGAUCAAUUUAGCUGUUCUCCUGGAUGCUGAAGGAAAGCCCUUCCUGCAUGUGUCUGUGAAGUUCCAGGACAAGCCUGUCAGACUGUACGCGUGUGAGGCAGGCUGUAUGAACGAGCCCGUGGAGCUGACCUCGGAGGCACGGGGUCAUACCUUCCCUGUCAUGGUGACUCAGCCCAUCACACCACUGCUUUAUAUAUCAACAGAUUUGGUUCACUUGCAGGACCUAAGACACACACUCCACCUAAAAGCUAUUCUGGCUCAUGAGGAACACAUGGCCAAGCAAUACCCAGGCUUACCCUUCCUGUUCUGGUUCAGUGUGGCCUCCUUAAUUACUUUGUUUCACUUGUUUCUGUUCAAACUCAUCUACAAUGAAUAUUGUGGGCCGGGAGCCAAGCCACUCUUCAGGAGUAAGGUGACUGUCCCCGACUCUGCCCGCUGAAGUGCCCAGAGGCUUCAGAGCCACAGCCCAGGGCUGCCCUGACACCUCAUCCUCCUGGGCACUGCAGGGCAAACAGCUCUGCUCCUCCUCUUUGUUGGACCUGCUUCAGAUGAAGGUGGUGCAGAACUUGAUUCCAGAAAUGGGGAAGAAGUGGAAGCCAGCUGAAGCUCAGAAUCCGUAGCAGUAAGCAAGAUAGAUGGUCUUGAAAUAACCUGUACCAUUAACUGAAUGGGAACAUCCCCACAUCCGAGUGAGCUUAGUCCUGCUUUCAGCCUCCACUUGCACAAGACACCUGGCAAUUUUGCAGCUGAGAAUAAGGACCAUUUGAAAGCAACAAUCCUUUUGUGCCUUGCUAUGACAGGAGUCUGAGACUUGGAAGGUGAUUUAACAGUUUAUCCCAGAAGCUUGUGUAACAGACGUUUCCUUUCCCUGUAAGCUGUUCAGUUCCCUAGGAGUAAUCCAUUUGGUGAAAAUACUUGAAGAUGUACUAAGUCCUUUGAUAUUUUGAUCUGGUUCUUUUUUUUUUAAUUCUACAGAAAAAUAAAGGAUGAUGAUUCCCUUCUGAGAGUUAACUAGAAAACUUCAGUGUAACUUCCUUUCUGGUAUACAGUUUUUAAUUUAUUGCUUGGGGGGGAGGGGGAGUAUGUUAAUUUUUCCUCCACUUCAGUAACAGUCAAUUGAACUGUAGAUAUCUAAGUUCUCAUAACAGGUUUUUCAGCCUUUAUGACUGUAGAGUGCAAAAUCAAUUUAAUGAAAUUGUUUUCUGGAUAUACACUUGGAAAUGCUGAUCUACAGGUUUCCUGUUCUAAGCCUAUUGAGACUUUGUGCAUUGAUUUGUUUUGGCUAAGGGGAAGACAUCCCACUUUCUAGUGACUUACAGGUUGUUUGGUUUUAAAAUACCAAAGCUGUUGUUUCUAAAUAAAUAUCUUUCAGUCUAAUCUGA